UCAUUAGACCUCCCAGAAGUCAAACUCCCUGGAGCACACCAGAGGGAAAACAGAAAAUAGUCUCCUAGGUGUGGCCAGCUGGAGCUUCAUUGUGUUAAUGAGGUGGGUGUGGGGAUGUUCUUAUGGUAAUGAUGCUGGCGACUCUCUGGUGUAUGAUCUCACUAUAUGAAGCUAAGCUGAAGAGAUUUUACACUUUGUGUGUGCACACAAAGCUCUCUUUAGUGGAAUUACAGUGGUGGCUGUGAGAGGGAAAAGAUCAGGAUUGGAAGCUGUCAGAUCCUACUGGAUGGAGAGGAAACAAGGUCAGGCAGUUGCCAUCAGCUUGAACCAAGGGGACCAUGGCUACCUUGGGAGGACAGUGCAUGAAAAAAUGUCAUUUGGAUCAUUUCAACUGGCAAAUCUGGAACAGUUCAGCAGAGCUACCUUUAAUGGGAUUCAACUCAGAGGAUUUUGCCUUCAGUCACUGAGGCUGAAUAUCUCUGCCCAAGUUGAGAUGUCUAACAUCCAGACAUACCUCAGCAUUUGGAAGGACAUGGUAAAUGGAACAAGUGUGGAGGAAUUCAUCCUGCUUGGCUUCCCAGGCACACGGCAAUUCCGAGUCUCCUUUGUGGUGGUAUUUGCACUGAUGUACACCCUGACAGUAAUAGGCAAUGCAUCUGUCAUAGCCCUUGUGUGGAGAAGCAGCAACCUACAUACCCCAAUGUACUUUUUCCUUUGUAAUCUCUCCUUUCUGGAGAUCUGGUACACUACUGGUGUUGUUCCCAAAGCUAUAGGAGUCAUGCUGGGGACCAGCCAGACCAUCUCCUUCAGUGUCUGCAUCCUCCAGUUGUUCUUUCUUCUCUCUCUAGGCUCCACUGAGUGUUUUCUCCUGUCUGUCAUGGCCUAUGACCGCUACUUGGCCAUAUGCUACCCCCUGAGGUACAGUUCCCUCAUGAACAGUGUCCUCUCUGUUCGGCUGGCACUCAGCUCCUGGCUGGGAGGCUUUUUGGCCAUUUCCCUGCUGGCCUUUCUGACAUCCAGGCUGACUUUCUGUGGGCCAGAUGUCAUCAAUCAUUUUCUCUGUGAUAUAGAUUCUUGCCUUGCCCUCUCCUGUAGUGAUACAAGGCCUGUGGAGCUGGCAACCUUCCUCAUCUCCAUAAUUGUUGUGGUGGCCUCCUGUGUGGUCACUCUGGUCUCCUAUGUGUACAUCAUCUCUUCCAUCCUGCGGAUCCAGUCAGCCCAUGGUCGGAAAAAGGCCUUUUCCACAUGCUCUGCCCAUCUCAGUGUUGUCACAAUCUGGUAUGGCUCCACCAUGUUCCUGUAUGUCAAGCCAUCAGCCCAGAACUCUCUGGAUCUGAACAAAAUUGUGAAUACCUUUAACACAGUGGUAACUCCUUUGUUGAACCCCUUCAUUUACACACUCAGAAACAAAGAGGUGAAGCUUGCUCUGGGACGGGCUUUCCAGAAAAAGUGAAGUGACUUUUCACAGGGCAUCAGUUGAACAAACAGAUUCAUCCCUGCCCUCCCAUGAAUUCUGCCCUGCAGAAGAUCCCCACUGAAAUGUAGGGGCAGUGAGAAGCCACCAAUUCCAGUGAGUUAAUAUCACCUUACAGCCAUCUCUGGCUGGGCUGAGCCUCAGUUCAGCUGCUUCCACCACCCUCUGCUCAUUCCCAGUGAAUUCAGAAUGCCUCCCAGUCCUUUAAAGUGCCGUGCUUGGAAAGGGUCACAAACCCUGUCCAUAAAUGGUUCUGUAGCAGAGCUGGAGGAGUGGUACUCCCACAGGUUUCUACCCCAGUUUGCCAAGUGCUUCAUUUUGUCAUGGUUUGUCUCAAUCUCCUACAGAAAUCCCAGCAAUUUUAGGAAACAAUGUUUUAGGAAGUAGACAUGUGUUUCUCCAUUUAGUCUGAUGUUUUGUGAUGUAUCUAUGCCACAUUCUUGUAGCUAUUUAAUCAAAUCAUACUCUGAUUCAAGAUAAAAUUUGGCAAUGUCUCAUAUUUCUACCUAUAGCCAUUAUUCCUAGCAUAA